AUGCUUGAUAGGUAUCCGGAUCCUCAUCAAUCAUUGAUUUUAAUUUCAAGUAUGAUUCACAUAAAUCUUCUAUUUGAAGCUUUAAGUCGAGACUCGACUUGUCUUAUCUGAUAAAUUGUAAGUUUUGCCAUUUUUUCAGCCAGUUUUUAGCAAUUCAUGAUUUUUUGCAGAUAAUGCGGGAAUUUAUACCCCAAAAUGCUCAUUCUGGCAUGUGGCUUCGCAAUCGGGACUUGACACCCCGAUUGUAAAAAUCUUCGAGUUUAUAUCGAUAUCAAUCGGAUCACGGGUUAUAUCAUGGACGGCCCAAAGUGCCUGGAGAAAAUUGAAAAGGGACUCAAUACCCCGAAAAGAUGGUCAAAAUUUGAACAUUCACCGUCCGUGGAAAAUGUUGAAUGGAUAUAUCGGGACGUUAUAUCGCAAAUAUCUCCGAGAUGGUUCAAUGUUUGGCAGAUUAUUGAUACAAUUAUUGAAUUGGUUUUCAAAUUGGUUUGGAAGUGAGGAAAAUUCGACUCUGAAAAAAUCACUGGAAAUAAAUUUGGUACCUGGAACUUAUCCAAAUUAUGAAGAUGCCAAAUUUUCUUGAUCUACAGAUGGCAUAAAUUUGAUCAUUUAUCCUGGAUUUAGUUCACAUUGACUGCGAAAUAUGGAAAUCCCCAAGAAUUUCGAAAUUUGAACAAUGGCAACAGUGAUUUAUCGAAAACAAGUUUUUAUAAAAUUUGAAGCCACGUCAAACGUGAGUUUGUUUACGAUAAAAUGUUCCAUUUCCUAUUCUGCUGAAUUCAUCAGCGAGGAAUGACACUUUGAAAAUAGCUUUAUUUGCAGUUUUAUUUUUUUGCGGACAUUAGAAAUAAUCACUCUGAACUUUUCAGAAGCUGCUGUUUUCGGUAUGAAUGAAUCCUUUAUACUAUCGAACAGUUCAUGGCUGAAAAUUGGCAAAACUUAUUGCAGUUCGUCGAAUUAUUGAUUCAAAACCGCUGUAACUUUGUCAAAGUCACCAAAAUUGAAAAACACCGUGCUUAUUCCAAUCAAGGAUAGAAGAUGAAUAUUUUUGUAGUUGGACAUCCGGUGUCGAAUCAGACAAAUUGAGUGUGAGUUAAUUUUUAAUUUUUUUUCUGAAAAAAUCAAAUCAACUUUUCAGGAAAAUCUUCAGUAGUUCAAUUUUGGUGUUUUCAAUUUUAAUCAUUUCGCAGCUUCAAAAAUUGAGGAAAAAGGAUGGUGGAAAUCAAGUUAUUCGAGUUCCGAGUGAGGAAAUUGCGAAAAAUUGUGAGUUUUUUUCUAGAUUUUUGGAAAAUGAAUUCAUUUUUCAUUUUUUGAGUUUUUCUUUAAAGAUUUUUAGAGAAUUAAUUUAUUUUUGCAAUUUUUCAGAUGUGACUAAGCUUGUAAAGCUGUCCGAGAGUUCAACUCUCCAAUUUUGCUCACAAACCAGAAAACUUAAGGUAAGUUCUUUUUUUCAUUAAUUUUUUUGAGUUGAAAAAUCAAACAAAUAUUUCAGGAAUCCUUCAAAUGA